GAUGCGCCCAGCGGUAGCCGAUGCAUCAGUAAUCACACAACGCGCUAGCGCACCUUCUGCUACGGGCUAGCGGUGCGAGCUGCGCGCCUCGCCGUUGACGCGUCGCAAGAGAGAGAGGCGGAACUACAGACCCAGCAGAAAAUAAACCCAAAUUCUGGUCCGUGGGGGCCGAACGGUAUCGCACGCAUUCGCGAUUUCCGUGGCCUGUUGUCGAGUCUGUCUGUCUGGCGGCCGGCUACCUUUGGCUAGCGGAGGAAUCCCACUGUGCAAAACCCGUUCCCUGGGCUAGCAUAGCGCUAGCCGGCUAGCUAGCUAGCUAGCUGCUCACGGACGCCCGACGAUAGUUAGCUAGCUGGCGAGCUGAGCUCAACUGCCGUCAUGGACGAACUGGUCGUGGAGGUGAGGGGAGCUAGCGGCGCCUUCUACAAGGCUUUUGUGAAGGAUGUCCAUGAAGGAUCGGUCACUGUGGCAUUUGAAAACAAUUGGCAGCCAGAGCGUCAGAUCCCGUUCCAGGAUGUGCGUUUCCCUCCUCCGGCAGGCUUCUACAAGGAGAUUAAUGAGAGUGAUGAGGUUGAGGUCUAUUCUAGGGCUAAUGACAAAGAACCAUGUGGGUGGUGGCUGGCCAAGGUCCGCAUGGUCAAAGGAGAGUUUUAUGUUAUAGAAUAUGCUGCGUGUGACGCGACUCUGAAUGAGAUAGUGACGCUGGAGAGGUUACGGCCAAUCAACCCCAGCAAGCCUUCCACCAAAAACACGUUCCUCAAAAUCAGGAUGGACGUACCUGAGGACCUACGGCAGAUGUGCUCCAAGGAGUCCACGCAUAAAGAUUUCAAGAAGGCUGUUGGAGCCUUCAGUAUCACCUACGACAGUGACAAAAAACAGCUGGUCAUCCUGUCAGUGGAUGAGGUAACAACAAAGCGGGCCAGUAUGAUGAGUGACAUGCACUUCAGGAGCCUCCGCACCAAACUGUCUCUUAUUCUGAGAAACGAAGAGGCGAGCAGACAACUGGAGAGUUCCAGACAGCUAGCGUCGAGGUUCCACGAGCAGUUUGCUGUUCGGGAUGAUUUGAUGGGCCUAGCCAUUGGGACCCACGGGGCCAACAUUCAGCAAGCUCGUAAAGUCCCCGGUGUCACCACUAUAGACCUGGAUGAGGAAACCUGCACCUUCCACAUCUAUGGAGAGGACCAGGAGGCCGUCCGUAAAGCAAGGAGCUUUUUGGAAUUUUCUGAAGAUGUCAUCAAGGUUCCCCGAAAUUUAGUGGGGAAGGUGAUUGGCAAGAGUGGGAAACUGAUCCAGGAAGUGGUGGAUAAAUCAGGUGUGGUGCGGGUUCGGAUCGAGCCCGAAAAUGACAAAAAGCCCACAGCGCCCGUUGACGAGGCGAUGGUGCCAUUUGUGUUUGUGGGGACCAAGGAGAGCAUCUCCAAUGCUAAAGUACUGCUGGACUACCACCUCAACUAUCUCAAGGAGGUAGAUCAGCUUCGCCUGGAGCGUCUUCAGAUUGACGAGCAGUUGAGGCAGAUAGGAGGCGGAGGAGGAGGAGGAGGAGGAGGAACAGGGUCCCGAAACUCCAAGGACAAAACCUACGUCUUCGAUAACGGCAUGGGGCUGGGGAUGGCAAGGGGCGGCGGUGGAGGUGGUAGUGGGGGAGGAGGGAAGCCCUACACUGGAGGGGGAGGCAGAGGAGGCAGGGGACGAAGAGGAGGAGGUGCAGCUUUCGCCUCAGGUAACAACUCGGAGGCAUCCAAUGCAUCGGAGACAGAGUCCGACCACAGAGAUGAGCUCAGCGACUGGUCACUGGCCCCUACUGAAGAGCUGACGACAGGCGGCGGGACCUUGCCCAGACGGGGAGAUGGCAGGAAGAGAGGAGGAGGGGGAGGGCCUCGAGGACGAGGGGGGAGAGGAAGAGGGGGAGGAUACAAAGGUGAAGAGGCACAGUGGAGCGACCCACGACCGCGUCACGUCAGAGACGCCAAAACCAGAGCACAGGAGGACUCCCUACAGAUCCGUGUGGACGGCAACAAUGAGCGCAGCGUGCAGCACGCCUCGGGGGGCCGAGUAGGAGCAGGGCCUUCCUCCUCGUCCCAGGGGAGCUUCGGCGCGGGGGGUGACACCCCUUCCCGUCACCACCAUCGACCCGUACGAGAACGAGGGGUGAAGAAAGACAAACAGGACACUCCUCCUCUGGUGAACGGAGUGUCGUAGAUGCGCCGCCAGAGGGAUACACACUUCGCAGACACGCACACAUACACACACUCACGCAGGCAGACACACUGAUAUGCACAGACACGUUCAGAAAUCCAGUUUAACAUUAUCAGUUUUAGGGGUCUGGUUCUUUCUCUUGAUCUCUUCUUUUCUCUGUCUUUCUCUUAGACAUGCAUACACUCACAUUGCUGCCAGUCGAGGUUUUUUUUACCAUAGUGACUGUUGGCCAAAGACGGUCAGGUAUGUACAGGCCCGGUCCGUUCUCCACUCAUUUGGUAACUGCUGUUCUGCUCUGGAGUCAUCCAGUGAAGGAAACGACAUGUUUUAGAUAAAAGCUACUGGAGAAGUCGGAUGGAACGGAGCGGAGCUGUUGAAGGCUUCAGACCCCCACUGCCCCCCCCCCCGUGCAGUUACCUCACCAGUCAGUUAGUUCUGCAGGACCUGUGUAUCAGCAGCUUAGCACUCAUUUCUUUCUUUGAUACAAAAUGGACACUUUUUAUUUUAUUUUAUUUUAUUUUUUUUUAUUUUUUACAUUGCAUUGUCCUGUGCAGGCAUGCUGUGGUAAGAAGAAAAACACACAAGGUCACAGUUCAACCAUCUCAAGCCUAACAAGCAGAUAAUCGGUUCCCCUAACAGCGAUUUUUAUCCAGUUACAGGUGAUUGUAAGAGCCGCUGCUGUGUAGCCUCUUCCCUGGCUGCCCCACAACCCUUUUUAAAUCCCGUUUGGACAGGAGUCGGGAUUGAUGGCGAGGACCGGACACGUCACUGCUGUUGACAUUUUCUUGGGGAAAUUUGAAUGGGGUGAUGAUGUCACUGGAGGGGCAGUUUGGACGGUUUGGUUAUAGCUUGAACCCUGGACGCACUUUUUUUCCCCCCAAUUUGAUUUUGCCGACA